GAAAGGAAGCAGCAGCGGCAGCAAGCCCAUGACGAUGGCCAUGGCGAUGCUGACGCCCAUGCUCAGGUGCCAGUGACCUUUGACCCAGCUAUUGACAUCUUGGCGGAGGAGCAGAUCAAUUUCCUGUCAGCCAGGAAGCAGUUCCUGCGAGAAGGAGAAGGAGGGGCACAAGGUCCAAUCGGGAGGGAUGUGGCCCCGAGUUUCCACUUUGUCAAGUCCGGUGAGGAGGAGGAAGAGUUCAUGCAAGCUCGUGCCAUCCUGACCAUCCUGCCUGAUGAGGAGGAGGAGGAGGAGGAGGAGCAGGGCCAAUCACAGUGCGACUCUGGCCUGGAUGAGGAGGCGUCUGCCUCAGUCCCGCUCAGCUGGCAGGACUGUGCGUCUGACAGUGGUGCUUCCUCCAACACCUCUACUGCUUGUUCACCCCCUGAUGACCUCCCACCAACGGCUGCAAUCCAAAAGGAGAAAGGAGAAGAGGAGGCACUUGAGGACUGUGCUGGGGUACUGGUGCAGAACGCCCUCCGCCAUGCCCUAGCAGCUCAUAAUGGAGACGCUGCUGAGAAGGGAGGAGAGGAGGUGCAGCGACAGUCAACGCCUCCUGCCACUCCUCCUCUUCCCCCUGCCUUCGUUAACCCAAUACCAGCUCCUGCCACUGAACCAGAUGACUCCUUAUCCUCACCCUCAGUCACAUCCACAGCCCUGCCACUGCCGCCACAGAGAGCCAGAGAGGGAGGAGGUCCCCGAAUUAAGAUCCAGUCUUCCUAUGCCAGAGCACUCGCUGCCUCUGCCCAAGCUCCACCCACUGUGCAGGAGGCGCUGCCGUCAGCUCCCAGGUCUGCUGCAAUCUACCGUCCCCCCUCCCCUCCCACGCCACAGAGUCCUGAGCGGCCUAGCUACUUCAGCAAGUACUCAGAGGCGGCCGAGCUGCGGAGCACAGCAGAGGUUGGGGGACGGGGCCUUCAGCAGGAGGCCGGGGGAGGUCCGUUUCGCUUGCGCUCGCGGCGGCAGCGGACAUUGUCCAUGAUUGAGGAGGAGAUCCGUGCGGCGCAGCAGCGUGAGGAGGAGCUGAAGAAGCAGAGGGAGGUGCUGGUUGCUGUCGUUGACCCAGCAGAAAAGAAGAGGAGGAGUGACAGAGGGACGUGCAGACAGACCACACUGACGGCACGCACGGCUCCAGGUACCGGGGACUGGAUGUUGUGCACCAAUUAUGAGGGCAUCACACUGCUCAGCCUCCCUGGGAAAGUCUACUCUAGGGUGCUGGAAGAGAGGCUCUGGCCGAUUAUUGAACCUCGGAUCCAGGAGGAACAAUGCGGAUUCUGUCCUGGCUGUGGACCAACGGACAAACACUUUACCCUAGCAGAAGUGCUGAGGGAGGCAUGGGAGUUUGACCGGCCAGUCUACAUGUGUUUUGUGGACUUGGAGAAGGCUUAUGACUGUAUACCCUGGGAGACUCUGUGGAGGGUACUGCAGGAGUAUGGGGUACCAGGGCAGUUGCUACAAGCCAUCCAGUCCUUGUAUAACCAAAGUGAGAGCUUUGCCUGUAUUCUCGGCACAAAGUCAAACACGUUUUUGGUGGGUGCUGGACUCCGCCAAGGUUGUCCCUUGUCUCCGAUUCUUUUUGUGAUAUUCAUGGACAGGAUCUCAAGGCACAGCUGA